ACUUACAGCAUAUGCGAUUCUCUCGCCUUUGGGGUCGGUGGAGAGCUGUGUAGGCUGGCCCCGCGAGGUUGCGGGGGUUGCCGCGAGGAUCUUCUCGAUUGUGAUGGACAUGCUCGAAGAUUUGGAGACUUCUGGCGCUUCGUUCUGGUUUAUUAUUUUACUCUUUUUGCGAGUCCUGGGAUCCCGAAGGGCUGUAAGAGAGGUCGUGAGAUAUGUGGGAGCCUGCUCGUAUACCAAGCUGGGAAGUUGGUUACCUAGGGGUAACUGUUUACUUGGAGGGGCACCCUCCUGGCAGGCUGUGGAGCGGUGGGAGUACCUCGAGAAUCAGAAUCAGGGGGAAGAUCGACUGCGGGGCAUUACUUAAUUGGAGCCUGAUCUCAUAGUGAAGCUCACCAACAACUUGCGACACCAGCGUUUUGGAUCUUUUAUAAAUUCAUGCAGAUAGUAGGCAAUAGUAUCUUCUGACUCGGAG